CUGUCCACGUCCCCGUGUAUUGCGCGGGUCUAUGUGUCGGCAAAAAAAUAGGAAAGAAAACUUAACUAAAAAUGGCGGAAGGCGCGACGUCUCUGAAAGGGCUGCGAGCUCAAAUGGCUGCAGCUGCGCAGGCGCAGGCAGAGGAGCGGCGCAGUCAGGCGGGGAGCAGCCCUGCGUCUGCACCUUCACCUUCACCAAGCACAGCGAAGCCUCAGGGAGCACGCCCAGUGAUUGACGGCGCGGCGCUGAAGACGGACGAGAGGCUGCGCGUGGCCAAAGAGCGGAGGGAGGAGCAGGAGAAGCAGCAAGCGGCGCGCGAGUCGCAGAUCCUGGAGCGCGAGCGCAAGACCCGGGCGCAGUACGAGCGGCAGGUGGAGGAGCGGCAGCGCAAGCUGGAGGAGCAGCGCAGGAAGGAGGAGCAGCGGCGGGCGGCGGUGGAGGAGAAGAGGAAGCUGAAGCAGGAGGAGGAGAAGGAGCACUACGAGGCGGUGGUGCGGCGGACUCUGGAGCGCAGUCAGAGGCUGGAGCACAGGCAGAAGAGGUGGUCCUGGGGCGGCGGGAUCACUGCAGACGCGGAGAACGGGAGCGGUGGUGCCGACGCCCCCUCCUGUCCCAUAGCUAUAAUCGUGUCUCCCUGCUCUCCUGAGGGGCCUCAGAAGACUCAACAAGCUGACAAGCGCUGUACGUCCACCAUGAACCUGAAACCGCCAGGCGAUUCGCUCAUCAGCAAGCGCCUGUCCUCCUCCUCUGCCACCCUAAUCAACUCCUCUGACAAGCGUCCUAAGCGACGGAGCUCGUCUUUAAACCGGUUGCCUAGUAACGCGUCCCAGCCUGCUAAGGACAGCAGCCUCCCCAAGCAGCCUCAGGUGGAGCAGACAGGCCCCACGCUGAAGAGGCGGAGCUCCUCCCUCACUCGAAUGAGGGGCCAAUCGCAGCCUUCCCCUAAACUAGAACAAGGCACCAAGGACCAAUCAGCUCGUCGCGCCCUGGCCAGCCCCGUGGACAGCGGCGUCCUGAGCCGCCUGCUCACCCCCACCCAGGCCUCGCUCGCCCGCAGCAAGAGCGCCGCCGCGCUCUCCGCGGAAGGAUCCGACGCCCAAGAGUCUCACCUCUGUCCUCGUUCAGCCUCAGCCAGCCCCCUGCAACCCCCCAGGGGUCCCCUCCGCAGCAGAAGCACCGACCGCAAGGGCCCCCCGUCCUCCACAUCCUCCGACGGGGCCCCCGAUGCCACACAGAAACCGGAGGAGAAGCGAUUCUCUUCGCCCGGCUGGAAGCGCCCGUCCUCGCCCUCCAACGUGCCCGGCCGCCGCCGGUCGCCCUCCCCCUCGCCCUCCGCCACCGGCAGGAGAACGCCGUCCCCCGGCCCGGCCAAGCAGAGCCCCCGGGCCCGCCCCCCCUCCCCCUGCGGACCCAGACAGCGCCCCCCCUCCCCACAGCCCCCCGCCUCCAAACCCCCGCCCAUACAGCGCCCCGCCCUCACCCCCACCGGGCCCCCCACCCUGCGUAAGCGUGACCCCAAACCCAAAGAGGGCUCCCCCAUGCAGCCCCUCAUCCCCCCCCAGCCGCCGGAGAUGCCCCCCACCAACGGCACGCCUGGCAACAAGACCAAAGAUGACUCCAGCGCCAAGGCCGUGGCGGGAACUACCUCGGCCGAGGAGGCCGCCAAGAUCCUGGCGGAGAACCGGAGGCUUGCGCGCGAGCAGAAGGAGAGGGAGGAGCAGCUGAAGCUCCAGAGGGAGGAAGAGGAGAGGCUUAGAAAGGAGGAAGAGGAGCGCUUGGCAGAGGAGGAGAGGGCAAAGCAGCUGGAGGAGGAGAAGAGGAGGGCAGAGGAAAAGAGGAGAGAGGAGGAGGAGCAGGCUCGGCUGGAGGAGGAGGAGAGAGUGCGCCGGGAGCAGGAGGAGGAGGAGAAGCUUGCGGAGCUGCAGAAAGAGCGUGAGGAGGCGGAGGCCCGGGCGCUGGAGGAGGCGGAGAAACAGCGGGAGGAGAGAGAGAGGAUCAUGCAGCAGAACCAGCAGGAGCGCUUGGAGAGGAGGAAGAGAAUUGAAGAGAUAAUGAAGAGGACCAGAAAAACAGAACAGAACGAUCUCAAGAGAGACGACAAGGGCAUGUCUGACCUGAACGGAGAGGCGGACAAUUACACAAACCAGGAAGCGAAAGGAGAGGGGCUUGUAGAUGCUGCAGACAGUACUGACCAGGAGUGCAGUUCACAGAAGCUGAUCUCACAUUCAGGAGAGCCAAUAGCAGAGAGGCUGAACCCAUUUUCAGAAGAACCAAUGACAGAGAAGCUGACUCCAUAUUCAGGAGAGCCAAUGGCAGAGAAUCUGAACCCAUUUUCAGGAGAGCCAAUAGCAGAGCAGCUGAACCCAUUUUCAGAAGAACCAAUGACAGAGAAGCUGACUCCAUAUUCAGGAGAGCCAAUGGCAGAGAAUCUGAACCCAUUUUCAGGAGAGCCAAUAGCAGAGCAGCUGAACCCAUUUUCAGAAGAACCAAUGACAGAGAUGCUGACUACAUUUUCAGGAGAGCCAAUGGCAGAGAAGCUGAACCCAUUUUCAGAAGAACCAAUGACAGAGAAUCUGACCCCAUAUUCAGAAGAGCCAAUGGCAGAGAAGCUGACGCCACAUUCAGAAGAGCCAGUAGCCGAGCAGGAGGGGCCUUUUGGGAACAUCAAUGGAAAAGAGGGUGAUGGAACGGAGAAAUACGUCCGCACAUGCCCAGAAGAGCCUGUGGAACACAGUCUAAGCCCGAAUCCUCAGGUGACGGAGGGCCCUGAGCUGGCCUGUAGCCCCACCUCUGAGGGGUGCGGGGUGGAGGGGCUGGAGUUCCUGAACGAGGACGCCCCCCCGGUGGAGGCGGAGCUCCCGGGCCUGAAGGGCAAGGCCGGCACCUGGAGCUUCGAGGAGCUCAUCGACCUGGGCGUCCACACCAAGGCCCACGCGCUCAUCGACGGGGACGGGCGCGGCCAGGGCCUGCUGGAGCACAACGGGGUCCCCGAGGGGCCCCGCGUGGCCUUUGAGGAGAAGGGGAACGGAGUCAGCCCCCCCAUCCAAGCCCUGUCCGAGAUGUGAGCCCUGGGCCCCCAGAAGACCUGUGAUUAUUGCACUCCUGCAGUCCUGUCUCACACCUUCCAGUUCCAACCCAGCCCCUUCAACUGGACAGACAGACAGAUGGAUGAACGGACGGACACAGGCUGGGGGAGGACCACAGGAGGAAAGGAUCCCAAACGGAGGAAUUUGGAUUUUGCUAACUUUGCACCUCAAAGAUAAAAAAAUUAUAAUAAUUUUUAAAAGCUUCAGGGAAAAUAUAUUCCUUCAGUGUGCUUACUUCUCCAGGUCUCUUCCUAGCACAGAUGGUCCUGUUUUUAUAUCUCAUUAUUACUGUGUUGAUACUGUGAGGAGUGUGUUAUAACUUAUUCUGAUGACAUCCUCACCGUUUAUUCCUCCGAUACCAUUGUUGUUUUUUUCGUCUUGUUUUGGUUGGUUUUGAUAAAUUCCAGGAAACGGGUCCAUUCUACACGCGUGUGCUUGAAGUAGUUUGUGUCUGAUGUAGAUCAGAAGAAACGUCAUGACUGAACCUUAAAACCAUAAAACGUCACUGCUCCAGCUUAGUGUAGGAUUAAGUUAUUGGGCUUUAAUUUUGAAAGUGACGCAAGCAGUAAGGGCGGGGUGUCCUUCCUGUGGGCGUGUCCUUGUCCAGUCGUCGCACCGACCAGUUACGACUGAGAGUGCCGACUCCUAGUCUAAGCGAAGAAUGCGUCUGCAUGUUUAAGAGGGGGGUGAAGAGUAUAUGGUGAGCCUCUGGAGGUUUAACUCAGCCAGAAGACAGGGAAGGCUUUUUUCUGUCCUCUCUCCCCCCGGGGGGGGGGGCUUUGCUCCGCUCACCUGUCACUCAUCCAGGCUAGUCUGAGCAUGCCCAGUCUGUUCUUUGGGACAGGCUUUAGCACAGUAACCCCACCUACCGCCUCUCUCACAGUCAGGUACUAGGACUGUUAGUGGUGAUGGGAGAGUGAGGCUUCACGUGCUCAAAUAUGGAUGGACCUACAAUGAACUGCCAAUCACCUGUUUAAUCCAAUCAGAAGAGUUUUACCCUCCAGCAAAGCACAAUGAUUUAAUGCAGCUAAUAGCAUGUAGCAUCUCUGCCUGUGUUUGGGUUAAUGAAUCCUUAUUUUCCCCAUCGUUAUGUCCAGCUACGCACCCACACAUUUCUAUUCUAUGUCCAUGGGUAAUUAGAGCCUGGCCUCCAUAGAAACACAUUCACAGUUGGUUCCCCUUUGGGAUGUUCUUGUAGUACUUCGGUGUUGUGUGACUUGGUGGAAUUCAUUUUUGCCAUUGUAACUGGCUUUUUUUUUUUUUGUUUUUUUUUUUUGCUGAGAUUAUAUCAAGGAUUUCUACUGUAGUCAAGCGUUGGUGAUAAGCUUGUUCCAUGACUGAUGGUACUCUUGUGAAUUGCGUGAAGGUUUUCAGUCCUGGUCGAGACAUUUCCGCAGGUGGUCAGUAGGGGGUGCUCUGCAGUCUGAACUGAAGUGUAAAAACACUUGUUUUGGUUAUUGUAACUGUUUCCUCUUUUUUUUUUCCUUUUCCUCAAAAUCGAAGGAGUGAAUAAUUUAAGGGGGGAAAAACAGUUUUCAUAAGUGCUUUAUAUUGAUGAUGUUUAUCUGUUGUGGUUUCUGUUCAUUCGAAUAUGGUCUUUUUCUGUCAGGACCUCAUGUUUUCAGAUUUUUUUUUUUGGUUUUUGUUCGUUUUUGUCAGUGGUGUUUUUCCAUGUAUAUAUACUUGACGAUGUAGUUAGACUUUUCAAAUUUUUAACUUAAAAUGCAAGUCAGAAACCGAACUAUGAAACGGAGCAGUUGCUAUUGUCUACAUGAAGGUAAAACCUAAGAGUACUAAUUAUAUAACACAUAUAUUACUGUAAUGUGUCUGUUGACAGUUGCUUUCAGAUGGUGAAGUUUGGUUCAUUUUUGUGUUUGCAGAGGUGAAUAUGGUAGGUAAAUUUGUAAAUCCAACUGGAAAUAUUUUACUAAGGACCACUGUCCCCCUCAGGGGCCAGAAUUUGUACUUGAUAAACAUUCAGGGGUAGAAAAACUGUAAAUCUGUGUUGACAUGCUCACCUGUUCUGUCUUUUUACCAUUUAAACAUUUCUACACUCGUGCAUCGUCUAGAGCAGACUUACGACUUUAUUUGCUUCCUACCAUCCAUCCCAUGAUAAUUAUUUUUUUGUUAACAGUAAAUCUAAUCGGGCAACCAAAAUGAUAUAGGUGUAUAGAGUAUAUGGCUUCAUGUUUAAGUAUUGUGUAUGUAAUCAGUAUUAGGCCAUAAAAGAGGCGGGGGAGAGUAGUCGGAGGGUUGUUACAGUCAAUUCGCCUGUCACUGUAGAUUUUAGUUUGGUCCCGGCAGACGCAAACCCUUCUCCUGGGUAGUCAGUCCUGUUUUUAACACUGUUUCGUAGGAAAGGGCCCUUUUCUUCCGUCAUCAUAUCGGAUUUGAAGAUUCGACACGUUCGGAUGAACACUCGGGUGUGACAGGAAGUGCGCUGCUUGGCGGUUCUGUGUAAGUGUCAGAGGAGGAUGUUGUGUUUUGACAGGGACUCUGAGCUCAGUUUGGGCAGUGGUGUUUAAGGAGAAAUGUUUUUUUAAUAUUCUGUCACACAGUCAUCUCAGUGCAGAAUGGGGCUGUUUCUUUCAGCUGGUUUUCAGAAAUCUGGAUGUGUUGCAGAUACCGUGGAGGUGUGGGCAUGUCUGCUUGUUGGGUUGUGAGAGGAGAGUUAAAACAGGGUUGGUGAAAUGGAGAUAUUUAGCCUGUUUUGUGUCAGGGGACAGUGUGUGCCCAGAGAAAUGAAUAGAGGUGAGAAUGAGCACAGCCUGGCUAUAGAUUUGCAGGACAUUUGACAAUUUUUUUUUUGUUUUUUUUUGAAGAAAAGGAAUUUACGUCUUCUCUUGGAGAUCUCUCAGACCUCUGUUUUGAUCUAGCAGUGCCUUGCCUCCAGAGUAAGUUCUGUGUCCUAGCACAUUGGGAUGCAUCUCCCUCUACUGAUUGGCUGCCUACCUGUGUGGUUCACCUGACAGCUGCCAUGCUACGAAGUCACAUUGUGCACCCCUAACUAAACAUACCAACUCAAAAUGGAGUGCAUUUUGUACCAUUACAACGGUGGUGUUUGGACGGCUCCUUCUUUCCAAAGCUGUAAAGAGCCUCAGAGAGAUUUUUGAGAAUUUUUAAUCCCACACUGUCCUCUCCAUAAGAAAAAAGUGUCUGGCGUGUUUUGUAAUGUUUUUAGUGUUGUGUGGCCGAGACAAAAUCAGGUGAAUUGGUUAAAUUUGUGGAAGUUGAGGACGUGGUUCCGUCAGAAAGUAGCCCUGGAUCUUGCAGGGGGGUUUUGAGAAGGAGGGGUAAAUUGUGAGCGCUUUGAAGCCAGUUUUAAGGUUUUUGUUUCUGUUUUGCCGUUGGUCUUCUCCUGCGGUCAUUUUCUUCGCUCCUGACGUAAGAGCUCGAGCCACUGGAGAGCGGAGCGAGCGGUGGGCUGUGCUUCUUCGCUCACGCGUUGCUAGCGAAGCGUCGCUACGUCGUGUCAGUGGCGCGGUUAGCAUAACCCGGCCUAGACGAGGACCUCCCCGGUGUAGUUGCUGCUUAAACUGAAGUUUCGUGUUUGGUAUUGUGUGUCUACAGAACUAACUAUUCUUAAUCCCACAAUGGUCGCUACGACUGUAGAGUAGAACAGUGCCUUAGGGUGAGAAUAGCCUGUAAAUGUGUUACUCUUGUUAACUGAAAGGGUUCAGAUGUACUCACCUGGGUUAUGACAAUCAUUCUACCCGAACCAGGCGGUGAACACCGUUUGCUUAACUGUUCUGGGCUGUGUGGACGUUUAGAUAUUUCUGUCCACGCGCCGUUCAUUUGUAAAUACAUCUCCUGAAGUGUACUGAGCUAAAUAUGAAAUGUUGGAAAUAUGGAAUGUUAAAAUAAAGUUUUGCUAAAUAAAAGCUAUUUAAAGAAUAAA